AUGAACGACUCUGAAGAAGCAAAUAUACAGCAACCAGAUGUCCUGGUCUCUGAAGUUGUCAGCUCCAAGAGCCAGGAGCAGGCAAACCGGAGGAAGAUCAAAGUGGAAGUGACUUGGUUGAAGGCUAGGGUUGCCAACCUGUGCCGCCCCUGUCCCUGGGACUGGACAUUGUUCCUUGGAAACUGCUACUUCUUCUCCAAGUCUGAACGGAGCUGGCACGAUGCUGUCACUGCCUGCCAGGAGGUGGGAGCCCAACUCGUGGUCAUCAAAAGUCAUGAAGAGCAGGUUCGCCUCAUGGGGGCCAUAUCAUGGUCUUGGGCUGCUGGCAAGCUGGUGGUUGGUCAGAUGGUGGACUUCAUGAAGUAUUGGAAUGAAGGGGAGCCCAACAACGCUGGGGAGGAAGACUGUGCAGAAUUCAGAGGUGAUGGUUGGAAUGAUGUCCCAUGUGCACUUAAAAAACUCUGGAUUUGCAAGAAGUCAGCAGCCUCCUGCUCCAUGAAGUGA